AUGGAGUCUGAGUCGCAUUCAUUCCCCUCUGUCAAUGGGGGUUUUAAAUCAGGAGUUAUCAUUUUGAGUGGUGAUUCGAAGAUGGAGGAGUCAUUUGGAGAAUCUUUGUCAGAUGAAGCCUUCUCCAUGAAUACUUUAGAAUCCAUGUUUCCUAUGAAAUCUGAUGAAAUAGAGGUUUCCCUCCAAAGGAGGGAACGUGUCAGUCGUUUUGUUCAAACAUACCAGGAGUCAGUUGGACAUGACCCUAUCAACGCUAAGAUUUCUCGUCACCUGGAGUGUGAAGGGAAACAUGAUAUCGUGUCUUGGGUCAAUCCUUGUGAUCAUCACAGAGCUGACGCAUUGACCCGUAGAGGUCUUUGA